AAAAUAGUAACACUGUUUCUGCCAUAUUUUUUCGGCGUGAAGGCUACGCAAGAGUAAUACGACGGCCUGCAAAUUAAGAUUUUAUUAGCAAAUUAUUCCUUGUGGAAAGAUUAAAAUCACAAAUAUUUAUAUAAAUGGCGCUAAAUCCUCAAUACGAUGCUAUCGGAAAAGGAUUUAUUCAACAAUAUUACACGCUAUUCGAUGAUCCGGCACAACGGGCAAGCCUAGCAAAUAUGUACAACGUUGAAACAUCUUUCAUGACCUUUGAAGGAGUUCAAUUGCAAGGUGCUGUGAAAAUCAUGGAAAAACUAAAUAGCUUGGCAUUUCAAAAAAUUACAAGAUUAGUUACUUCUGUGGACUCACAGCCGAUGUAUGAUGGUGGUGUUCUGAUUAAUGUUCUUGGCAGGCUCCAGUGUGAUGAGGACCCCCCACACCCAUACAUGCAAAGCUUCGUGUUAAAACCUCUCGGGGAUACGUUCUUCAUCCAGCACGACAUAUUCCGCCUCGGCAUCCACGACAUCGCCUAAAUACUGCGCUUUUCUUUUCGAGCAAUAAUUCGAGUUGAGCUAGAUCAAACUAUAAGUACCCAACAUCACGCUAUAAUAUGUAAUCUUGUUUUGGUUAUCUAGGUAUAAGAUACACACGUUUUAUUGUCUAAAUUAAAAAAAAACAUAUAGUUCACUUAAUUAGCUGGAUUCUGUUUUUGUAUUUUCAUAGUAUGGCUUUGUUAAUUGAAUUGUCAGCUUAAACAGAUAUAAUGGCGAGACUUUCCUUUCAGUUACAUGUAUACU